AUGUCAUCAAAGUCCCAGAAGAACGACUACGUCCUCAAAAUUGUGAUAAGUGACUGGACUAUAAUCAUCAGACGUGUGAAAGUAGGCGGAUCGCUUUACCACUCGUGGAAGUCGGAAUACCGGAGCGGAAGUGGUAAACAUUUCAAGUUCAUUUUACCAUCAGACGUUGACAUCGGACUCUUGUUAUUCGCGAGUCUUUUGUCUCUACAUCCGAUCGAGCUUUCAUGGAUAAUACCGUGGAAGAAGCAGCUUUCCAAGUCCCAGAUUCGUCACAGAAAACAGCAAGAGAAGUUGGAAAAGCAACGCGAAUCGCGUCUGGCCGAACAAAGGCUUAUCUUACUUGCUAGGUACCAGAAGGGAACCAUGAAACGGAACAAGAAGAGAGCAUAUGACAAUGCAUGGAGGAUUGUGGCGCAAGAGGAAACCGGGCUCUCUAGAUCUGCUAUUCAUAAGGAAAUACGGAGAGAGAAGAGGGCAAAGAAGAAAGCAUUGGUUGCGGCAGAACAAGACACUAAGAGAAAAGCCUCGCAGAUUUUAUCGGACACGCAAGCGCUAUUGAUAGAGAACGAGGAAGAGCUAGUUGCGGUGCAAAAUGCAGCACACAGAGAUGUGUUACUCGCAGCCAAGAAGAUUGCGUUUUUGGAAGAGAGAAUGGAUGAUCUGCUUGUAGUACUAAAAGACAUGCGUGGGGUAUCGUGA